AUGGCCUCCUUUGGCACCAGCUUUUCCUUCGGUUCUGCGGUCAGCGCGACUGGUAGCGCUUUCUCUGAUGCCUUCGAGUCUUAUCGAAGGGCCCAGUAUCUAGUGGCUGGGUCUGCUGUUGCUCCAACUUCAGAAGCGUCAGACCUUGAGGACGAAGAUGAAGAAACUGGUUUCUCAAGCCGCAGGCACACUGCAGUAGAAGAAUCUGACGACGAAUAUGACCCUGACGACUAUAGGCAACGCAUGCAAAUGCGCCCUCGCGAUGACUCCUUCGUUGGACAGCUUGACUGGGACGAAGACCAGCACGAUGCGGUCUUUCCAGCGAGCCCUCUCCGCCGUCCUUCUCGGCCGAGGUACGAUACCCAGCAGACUGUCCAACUUCACCAAUCCAUUACACCUCGGGUAGAGGAGAUACGAAAAGCUCACGAAUCCACUCCACUAUUGUCACAAAAAUCUUCAUCCAUCCAAGAGCAGCUCUCUAUUCAUGAACCUGUCAAGGACCAUGGCAUAUUGGUCCAGACGCAAGAUCCGAGCCACCUUGCUCCACCCUCAUCCUUACGUCGUCGUUCCUCUGCCGCAUCCCAUGGAUCCAGGAGCAUUCAUUAUUCGUUUGGCGGCAGAAGUACCUACGGUCAAACUCUUUUCAACUCUAUCGCCAUUCUUUUAGGUAUAGGGAUGCUGUCCGAACCCCUCGCGUUUGCGUAUGCGGGAUGGGCAGCUGGAACAAUUCUGAUAAUUCUUUACGCGUUAAUUUCGUGCUACACGGCCAAGAUCCUCGCUCGAAUCAUUCUUUCAGACCCCCGGUUGCGAUCCUAUUCUGAUAUAGGAAGGAAAGCGUUCGGUCCCCGAGCUACUGGGAUCAUCAGCUUCAUGUUCUGCUUGGAACUUUUCGCCGUAACCGUCGUUCUUGUUACGCUCUACGCGGAUUCUCUGCACACGCUUAUCCCUGCUUACUCGGAAGAUAUGUAUAAACUCCUUGGGCUCAUUGUCCUCAUUCCUACGGUCUUCAUGCCUCUUUCGCUGCUCUCAUACACUUCGAUUCUGGGCAUCAUCUCAACGGUCAUGCUCGUCUUUGUUAUCUUCAUCGACGGUUUUACCAAGACGGACGCCCCGGGAAGUCUCUGGGAUCCUGCUCCUACCAGAAUUGGCAUUCAGUCCUACAACAAGCUCGGUCUUGCCUUUGGCUUAUUCAUGGCUGGCUUCUCCGGUCAUCCGGUCAUCCCAUCUCUCGCUAGAGACAUGGCCGACCCGAGCCAAUUUGACAACAUGAUCAAUUGGGCAUUUAUCAUUGCAACCUUCAUCUAUAUCGCCAUUGGAGCAGCGGGUUACUUGAUGUUCGGCGAUUCCGUGCACGACGAGGUCGAAAUUUGGUUUGAAUACCCAGCCUUUAACUACGACCAUCGACCUAUUGUUGGGCCUUGA